GGCAGCCGGGUCUUCUCGCGCCAAGGCGGAAGUCGCACGGAAGCCGGAACUCACUCUCAGCCUGGGGUCCUAGGGAGCUGGCAUCCGCCAUCAUGGUGAGGAAGCUUAAGUUCCACGAGCAGAAGCUGUUGAAACAGGUGGACUUCCUGAACUGGGAGGUCACUGAUCACAACCUGCACGAACUGCGCGUGUUGCAGCGGCACGAGGACUACACGCGCUACAAUCAGUUGAGCUGAUCUGUGCGGGAGCUGGUGCGACGCCUGGGCGACCUGCCUGAGUGUGACCCGUUUUGCGUCCGCGCCUCGGCUGCGCUGCUGGACAAGCUGUAUCGCCUGCCCACCGUGCUCCUUAAACUGCGCAUGGCACAGCACCUCCAGGCCGCCGUGGCCUUCCUGGAGCAGGGCCACGUGCGCAUGGGCCCCGACGUGGUCACCGACCCCGCCUUCCUUGUCACACGCAGCAUGGAGGACUUCGUCACCUGGGUUGACUCGUCCAAGAUCAAACGACACGUCCUGGAGUACAAUGAGGAGCGCGAUGACUUCGAUCUGGAAGCCUAGCUGUCUUUCCUCCCCACCCUGUCACCAGUGCUGCAUUUUAUAGAUGGGGAAGCUGAGACCGGAUGCUGGAGAUUCUGUGAAUGCGCUUUCCCAAGAAUGUGUCAACCAAUCGUCGUUCCUUAAGAACUUGGCUCCUUAGCUGCUGGCCAUGCUUACAACCAAAGGGUACACCCCUGUUUUCUGAAAAUUUUCUUAGCCCUUGGACUAUUGAUAAAUGGCUGCCUUGAAACAGUGGGAAGCGGUUUUGUGCUGCGCUAGGAAUUGUUAGAUUCUUGUACUUUUAAUAUUGUAGUGUGAAAGCAAGAACUUUGCGCCCACCCCCGCUUUCCCCUUAUUAUCUCAUAGCAGGACAGUUAAUUUAACUCGAAUUCUUGCUCCUGGUGAUUAACUUGUGUACGACCAUGGAGAAUUUGGUUUUAAGUUUUCAUAAAAUGGGGUGAGAGUUUAGUGUUUAAAGGAAUGCUUUUUUAAUGCCAAUAAAUAAUUCAACUGCUUUGUAAGUGCAAAA